AUGUCUGUCACUAUAACAAAAACGUCUAAAGAGAAACCUUUAUUAAUAUAUAAUGGUUAUUCUUAUACAAUUGAUCAGAAGAAUGAAACAAAGAUUUUGUGGAAAUGUAUUUAUGCAAGAAAAUAUGUUUGUCAUGGUCGAUUACAUACAAAAUUAAAUUAUGAAUUUAUUAAAACUGUUGGUCAACAUGAAAACCAUAUUGGUAACUCAAAAGAUGAAGCAACUCGUAAAUAUUAUGAACACUUACGAUCUGAAUGUCAACAAAAUCAAACAACUACACAUAAUGUUUUAACACAAACAAACAUCGGCGUACCUGAUGAAGUUCUUGUUUGUUUACCAAGUACUUCUAAUUUAAAACGAAAUAUUCGUCAUUGGCGUCGAGAACAUACUACUGAACCAACACCGACAAAUAUUGAUUUUCCUGUUGUUCCAUCAAAAUAUCACAAUACAACACGAAAUUCUUCUUUUUUUCGAAAAGAUACCGGUCCAGGUCCGAAUCGAUUCAUAUUAUUUUUUACUGAUGAGCAACAAUUCAUCAUGGAAAAUGCUGCAAGAUUUUUUUUUCAAUUAUUUGCUAUACAUGCAAGUUAUCGUGACCAUGUUAUUCCAGUAGCAUUUGUUCUUUUACCAUCGAAAAAAGAACAAAUUUAUCAAAAAAUGUUGGAUGAAAUUCGUCAAAUGGUCCCAGCGUGGCAACCACGUAAAGUUAUGAUGGAUUUUGAGAAAGCUACACAAAAUGUUUUCGAACGUACUUUUCCUGGUAUUGAACUUAGUGGAUGUUAUUUCCACUUCUGUCAAAACGUUCUUCGUUUUUUACAGAACCAUGGUUUCAAGCAAAAUUACGAAACAGAUGUAAUGUUUGCCGACAGUAUACACAAAAUACUAGCAUUAGCAUUUCUUGAUCCAACUAAUGUUAUUGAUGGUUUUGAGUUACUUUGUUCGAAGUUAGACAAUGUUUAUCAACCAAUAUUAGAUUAUAUAGAAGAUAAUUAUAUUGGACGAAUACGUGGUCGUACAAGAAGACAACCAUCUUAUCCAGUUGCAUUUUGGAACAUGUCGGCUCGCGUAAAACUCGAUCUUCAUAGAACGAACAAUCACGUCGAAGGUUGGCACCGAAAACUAAAUUGCGCUUUUCAAUGUUGUCAUCCAACUUUAUGGGCAUUCUUGGAUAAACUAAUUAGAGAAGAAAAUAAUGUUCAUGUGGAUAUUAUUAAUGCUAUGACCGGAAGACGACCACCUGCAGGAAAACACGAACAAUUCAACAGACGACUUCGAGAACUUGUAGAAAAUCCACAUCAAGAUAUAUAUGAUCAAAUAACAUACAUUGGACGUUUACUGUCUCUAUAA